GGUUGUUUGUUUGUUUGUUUGUUGUUUUGUGAGCGGGUGUGUGUGUGUGUGUGUGUUUGCGUGAGCGCGCCUGUGUUAAAGCUACAGCCGAGCUAGUCUCUCAAGCCCUGCCUAGCGUGUGGGUUUCCCCAGUUUUUGACAAGCUCGAUCUCGGCUCCGGCUCGCGGCCGCCUAAGCCUAGUCGCCGUGCGCCCCUGGACCAGCCAGCCCGCCCGCCUUCGACCACAGCUCGAACGCGCGCGAGCCCCGGCGAAGCGAUGGUGUCGGCGGAAGAGUUGGACGCUCCGGUGGCUCUUCCUCCUCCUCGUCGUCCUCCUCCUGCUUCUUCUCUCUUCCCCUCCCCCCCCUUUCCAAGGUUCCUUCUGGAGGAGAGCUGAAAUGACAUACGGGGGAGGGGGCUGGGGGGUGUAGAAAGAAAUCGAGAGAUCCUGUGCUGGAUAUGGUCGACUUUAAAAAGUCUGCGUGUUGCUGAAUCAGAGAGCCGAGUCCAUGCGAACGAGCCAUCUGAUCCCCUCUUAUCAAUGAAGCAGCAGAUCAUGGCGGAUGGCCCCAGGUGUAAGAGGCGAAAACAAGCCAACCCAAGAAGGAAAAACGUAUUGAACUAUGAGAAUGUAUUGGAAACGGGUUCGGAAACAGAUGAGGACGACAAGCUCCAUAUUGCCGAAGACGAUGGUAUCAUCGGUACAUUGGAUCAGGAACCCAGUCCUGCAAGUGUGCCUAACCAUGAGUCUUCCCCUCAUGUGAGCCAAGCACUGUUGCCAAGAGAGGAGGAGGAAGAUGAAAUGAGGGAAAGUGCAGUAGAUCACGCCUGGCACAAUCACGAGAUCUUGCAAGCCUCUGUAGAUGGUUCGGAAGAAAUGAAGGAAGAGUAUGACACCAUGGGGCCAGAAGCUGCCAUUCAAACCACUGGAAACAAUGGAACAGUUAAGAAUGCAAAUUGCACAUCAGACUUUGAAGAAUAUUUUGCUAAGAGAAAACUGGAGGAAGGAGAUGGACACUCAGUCAGUAUAGCAGAGUACCUACAACGCAGUGAUACCGCCAUUAUUUACCCAGAAGCCCCCGAGGAACUGUCUCGCCUUGGCACUCCAGAGGCCAAUGGGCAAGAAGAAAACGACCUGCCACCUGGAACUCCAGAUGCUUUUGCCCAACUGCUGACCUGCCCCUACUGCGACCGGGGCUACAAGCGUUUGACCUCCCUGAAGGAGCACAUCAAGUAUCGCCAUGAGAAGAACGAGGAAAACUUCCCCUGUCCUCUUUGCAACUACACGUUUGCCUACCGCACCCAGCUCGAGCGGCAUAUGGUGACGCACAAGCCAGGGACAGAUCAGCACCAAAUGCUGACCCAAGGAGCGGGCAACCGUAAGUUCAAGUGCACCGAGUGUGGCAAGGCCUUCAAGUAUAAGCACCAUCUGAAGGAACACCUGCGAAUCCAUAGUGGUGAAAAACCAUACGAAUGUCCCAAUUGCAAGAAGCGUUUCUCCCAUUCUGGUUCAUACAGUUCACACAUCAGCAGCAAGAAAUGUAUUGGUUUAAUCUCUGUAAAUGGUCGAAUGAGAAAUAAUAUCAAGACGGGUUCUUCUCCUAAUUCUGUAUCUUCCUCACCUACUAAUUCAGCCAUUACACAGCUGAGAAACAAGCUGGAAAAUGGAAAACCACUUAGUAUGUCUGAGCAGUCAGGCUUACUUAAAAUAAAAACAGAACCACUAGAUUUCAAUGAGUACAAAGUUCUGAUGACAACUCAUGGCUUUGCUGGUGCUAAUCCAUUCAUGAAUGGCAGGCUCGGUGCAACCAGUCCAAUAGGAGUCCAUGCCUCUACACAAAGUCCAAUGCAGCACUUAGGGGUGGGAAUGGAAGCACAAUUACUUGGAUUCCCAGCAAUGGGGAGCAAUUUAAGUGAAGUGCAGAAGGUCUUGCAGAUUGUAGACAACACCGUUUCUAGGCAGAAAAUGGACUGCAGCCCUGAAGAAAUUUCCAAAUUGAAAGGUUACCACAUGAAGGACCCAUGUUCUCAGCCAGAGGAACAAGGCAUUACUUCUCCUGGUAUUCCACCCGUGGGACUUCCAGUAGUCAGCCAUAAUGGUGCCACUAAAAGUAUUAUUGACUAUACGUUAGAAAAAGUUAACGAAGCCAAAGCUUGUCUCCAGAGUUUGACUACGGAUUCAAGGAGGCAGCUCAACAACAUUAAGAAAGAAAAGCUACGUACCCUAAUAGAUUUGGUGACCGAAGAUAAAAUGAUAGAAAACCACAAUAUACCCACUCCAUUUUCAUGCCAAUUCUGUAAAGAAAGUUUUCCUGGACCCAUUCCCCUGCAUCAACAUGAACGGUACCUCUGUAAGAUGAAUGAAGAAAUCAAGGCAGUCCUCCAACCUCAUGAAAAUAUGGCUCCUAGUAAACCGGGUAUGUUUGUUGAUAAGCAAGCUCUCCUCCUAUCAUCUGUACUUUCUGAGAAAGGAAUGCCUAGCCCUAUCAACCUAUACAAGGACCACAUGUCUGUACUGAA